UCCUUUUCCUUUGUGAAGCGAAGUGGUAAUUGUGUUGCUCAUGAAUUAGCAAAACUUAGCUCUUCUUUUGUCGAUCUCCAAGUUUGAAUGGAGGAGGUUUCUAGUAAAAUUUCUGAUUUUGUAAUGGCUGAUUUUAACCUCUUCUUUUGAGUAAUAAAAUCUCUUCAUUGUUUUUCUAGAAAAAAAAAAAAAAAAUCAAAUUUCAACCCAAUACCACCUCGUAAAUCGUACGGAGACAUGGUCAUCAAUUCAUAAACCCCUGCAAACAUAAACCCAUUUCCGAAUCCCCUAAAAUUCAACUCAAUCAAACCUUCAAACUCCAUUGAAUCUUCAACAAUGGCGUCAAACAUCAUAAGAAACUCCCUAAAAUCAAUCAACUCACUAACCUUACGAACCCUAACAACCCACCGCCGCCCCUUCAGCGCCGCCGCCGCGAACCCCACCACCACCGCCGAAGAAUCAGACGCAUUCACCUUCUCAUCUGACGGCGCUGACAGCAGCAUACACCUGAAGGCGAAAAAAGCGGCAGCUUCGUCAGUGACAAUGCCGAUGUCGUUCAUGACAGGUUCUAUUGUUGGAAAGAGAUUCUACAAGAAAGUAACAACGAGAGAAGCUGAUGAUGGUAAUGGGUGGAGUGUUAUGCUCGAUUAUCGAACCCUUAAAACUCCUUCUAAACGUCCUCUUAAACUUCCUACUCUUUCUCUUGCUAAAGCUAUUGCUGCUGAGUGGGAUUUCCAGCAAACAGAUGGAAUAAGACCCUUCACAAUGCCAUUGAUGAAGCUUGCUUGCACUGCAUUGGAACGAGUUCCUGUUGUUCGCCCAAAAAUUAUUGAUAAUUUGAUGAGCAAGUUCAGUCAAGACUUGGUUUUUUGUCGUGCUCCACAUGACAACGAAUUAACCAGCGGUGUCUAUGAACGCCAAGUUGAAAAAAUAGAUCCUCUACUAAAGUGGGUGGAGUCAGAAUUUGGCUACAAGCCUGUAGUGUACACCUGUUUUUUUGGUGGCAAGCAGGAUGAAGGUCUUGUAAAAGCCGUUGAAAGUCUAUUGAAGAAAGCAGAUGAUUGUGAACUAGCUGCCAUUGAUGCACUGACAUCUGCAUCACACUCUUUAAUUAUUUCUAUCGGUAUAGUUCGUGGAAAAUUGCAAUUAGAGGAGGCCAUUGAGUUGAUACGUCUUGAAGAAGAUCUGCAGGUGGACAAGUGGGGUCUUGUCGAGGGUGGUCAUGAUAUUGAUAUUGCGGAUUUGAAGGUGCAGAUUGCAUCUGCUGCUGUGUUCCUUGGGCUAUCAAGAAGGUCAUAGUAUCCACAUUUUUGAAAUUUUUUUAUCAAAUGAGUUGAUUGUGCAUUUUUUGUUUUUGUAUGCUCCGUUGAAGGCUGUACUGUACUAAUCACAAAUUGACAACCAAUGUGCUGGAGCUUUUUGUAAACAUGUAGCCUUUGCGAAAGUAGCAAGAGUAAUAAUAUCUGCUUCGGUAUUUCUGAGUAUCAUAACUUUUUUAUACUUAAUAUUAUGCAAACAAUUGCAAAACCUCUAAUAACAGAAAUGUAGUUGAAACUGUUACUCUACACCUGAAAUCUGGAAUGGGAACUAAAUCAUCAGUGUUGAAAGUUGAAACAUAAGGUCAACAUGUACUUUGGCUGUAAUGGUUUAGUUAUAAUAUGCAUAUAUGGAAGCUUCACCAAUUUCAGCUCUGUUUUUAGUCAUGUACUGUUGUACAAUUUACAUUGUAUAGUGCCAUAACGGUUGGUAGCAUGCCAAAGCAGCUGCUUUUGUGGCAGAUUAAGGAUCUUCAUUGCAGCAUUGCAGACAAACUGGUGGUUGUUUAAUGACACAAUAACAGCAUGUAGUAUCACAGUCAUUAUUGCAACCUGUUACAGAAAAUUGCCUUUGAGUUAGUUUUUACGCUGAUUAGAAGCUUACUUCUACCAAAGGAACAUCAAGAUUUUUUAAUUUUCUACCAGAAAGAAAGCUUUGAUUCACUGAUUCGAAUCACUUUCAUUUCACUAUUACCUGUGACUGUGAUGACAUAUUGAGAUGAUUCCAGUUCAUGUGGGUUCAAGACAAAUGGAAGUCGGUUGGUUGCCAAGACAGCGAUGACAUUAAUUGCGACAAGGCUCAUGAAGAAGUAAGCUAUUGCUAGUGAUUGCCUCAUAGUUUGUAAGAUUUGCUUUCAGUUGGAUUGCCUAGUACUGUCAAAACUGGUUGGAUAAUGCAUCACCAACUCCUUUUAUAGGACUGUUUUUGUACUUUAUAUCCUAAGGUUUCAAACAUAUGACAUGAUUCAUCAACAGUGUGGCUUAUUGUAUAUUGUAGACUUGUAGUUAUUAGAAGAGGCAUCUUUUACUAGUUAAGAAAAACAUCAUGUUCAUUACGUGCUAAUAAGAAAUUUUAAAUUCCAACAAAGAUUUGGUUUAAAGGAUCACUCAAUGUAAACCUCACACCAAAUCCUUAAAUAAGGAAAAAUUCAAGUGGAAUUCACCUUCAUCAAUACAUCAUAAUUCAUAUGCAAACACAAAAAACCGCUU